CCCCGCUGCCGCGAGCGCCUCUACCAGGCGCUGGAGCUCUCCCCCGGCCGGAGGCUCAACUGCUCGGGGGUCGUCCGCGGGGACGCGAGAGCCAUCCAGGAGGCGCAGCUCAGCAACCUGGAGGUUGCGAACAAAAGGGUUUCCCUGACGCCCGGCGAGUACCUGAACAUGACGAAGAACUGCAGCAGCUUCAAGGAGAGCCGGCGGUUCAUCGAGUUCCCGCUGAGCCAGGAGGAGGCGGAGUUCCCCAUCGCCUACUCCAUGGUCAUCCACAACAAAAUCGAGAUGUUCGAGCGGCUCCUGCGGUCCCUCUACGCCCCCCAGAACGUCUACUGCGUCCACAUUGACGGCAAGUCCCCGGCUGCCUUCCAGGAGGCCGUGCGGGCCAUCGCAGCCUGCUUCCCCAAUGUCUUUGUGGCUAGCCGCCUGGAAAAGGUGGUCUAUGCCUCCUGGUCCCGGCUGCAGGCCGACCUGAACUGCAUGCAGGACCUGUUGCAGAGCCCUGUGCCGUGGCGCUACAUCCUCAACACCUGCGGCACCGAUUUCCCCAUCAAGACCAACGCCGAGAUCGUCCGUGCCCUGAAGGUGCUGCAGGGGCGGAACAGCAUGGAGUCAGAGAAGCCCUCGGCCCUGAAGCGGGAGCGCUGGCAGUACCACCAUGAAGUGGGGCAGUUCAUCUCCCGGACCGCCACAGAGAAACAGCCGCCACCCCACAACUCUCCCAUGUUCACGGGCAACGCGUACAUCGUGGUCACGCGGGCCUUCGUGCAGCACAUCUUUGAGAACCCCACGGUGCAGCAGUUCCUCGAGUGGGCCAAGGACACCUACAGCCCUGACGAGCACGUCUGGGCCACCCUCAACCGCAUGCCCGGCGUGCCAGGUGCCAUGCCCCAGAAUGACAAGUUCCAGCUCUCCGAUAUGAACGCCCUGCCCCGCCUGGUCAAGUGGGAGUACCUGGAGGGCGACACCAGCAGGGGCGCGCCCUACCCGCCCUGCACCGGCCAGCACCAGCGCGCCGGCUCCAUCUACGGGGUGGGCGACGUGCCCUGGAUGCUCCAGCAGCACCACCUCUUGGCCAACAAGUUCGACCCCCUGGUGGAAGCAACUGUGACCUUUCUGAAGAAAAUCAGCAAAAAAACCCAAAUAAAUGAAUCAGUCCAUAACACUAUAGGCAAGGAAGAACCAAAUAGGCAGCAGCAAGUAUGCUGA